AUGCAUAGUGUAGCUUUAUUUGCCAACACAUAUUACUAUUCAGCCAACUGCAUCAAUCUGCUACUGCUCAACUGGUCUUAUUCACACGUAAUAGGGUACUCAGAUAGACCUACAUCAGGUAAAUCGACAGAGCGAAAAUCCCCCAAGUACACCAAUGAUGAGCUUAAAAAGUUCGCCAAUGAGUUUCCUGAACUCAGAACUGUCGUGGGGGAUCAAGGCGACUAUCAUCAGGGGACCACUGAUGAGUAUCAAUCCGUCACCGACGACCUGGAGCCUGGCAGUACAGACAAACCCACUGCUAUAGAGCGAGUUAGAGCCCAGGGCGAAAAAUGA